GCAAUCUUUGUGUUCGACCUUCAAAAUGAUGAUAAUAGCUCCUUGUGGAAGAUAAACAUGGACACAAAGAUCCUGACAAAGGUUCCGACUGAAAAUUCACUUGUAUGGGGAAUCGCUAUCGACACUCGGAACAAGAAGUUGUUUCUAGCAUUUGCCACAAAAAUCACAAUGAUGAACUACGACGGGAGUGACUAUGUCACCCUACUAAACAAAAAGAAUGGCAAUCAUUUUGGUAUGAUGUUUGACAUGGAAGGUCACAGACUGUACUACGCUGAUUCUUCAGUGCUCACUUUGGGAUCCCUGGACUUGGAGACGAACGUUACCACUGUGUACCGUAACGACACUUUAUAUCUGUCUGUUCAUGAGUUCGAAGGUGUACUGUAUGCUGGGCCUUUUGGAGACAGGGGGACAGUGGAUGUACUUCCUGGAGGCUGUGGGCCACGCUCUUAUGUGUACUUUAACACAUCAAUUCAUGGAGGCAUACGUGCUACUGUCUUCAGGAUAUAUGGUUGUCCCUCUGGGUGGUAUGGUCGGCUGUGCACCCGGGAAUGUGGGAAAUGCUUCAAUGGAAGUGCUUGUGACAACAUCGAUGGCCAUUGUGCAGAUGGGUGUGACACUGGCUGGAUUGGCGACACGUGCACUACUGCAUGUCCAAAUGGUACCUACGGCGAGCGCUGCGGGAAUCUGUGUGACCAAUGUGUUGGCGGCGCCCCCUGUCAUCCCGCUAACGGCACGUGUCAAGCCGGAAACUUGGUACAAGAAUUAUAUCAUGAAGAUUGGAACCUUGUUGUCUGGGCGCUGGUGUCUGUUUGUGUCUUUCUGGGAUUGGUUGUGGUGGUUCUCGUGAUCCUCCUGGUCAGAUGUAGAAGAAUGGUCGUGACGAACAAGCAAAAGAAGAUAGGCGUUACUGCUGGUGCCGUGAGAAACCCCACCUACCAGGAUGACACGGGAGAUGCAGGAGAUGACAUAACCAGUGUGACCCAUCCGGAUCACGUGUACGAGAAGAUGGACAAUGUGCAGCCCCCUGUGUAUGAGACGCUACAUGCUUGAGAGGCACAAUAAGCCAUCCCCGUAUACAGACGUAGCAUGUAUUGGGGUUCAUAUUGUGUAAAAGCUCAUGUGCCACCCCAGUGUAUGACACAUUACAUUUGUACGGGGUCACAUUGUAUAUAUA